GACGGUCGUUCUGUAUCGAAGCGGUGUAGGAGAGUGAGAGUUUACAGCUGCAGCAUCACUUCCUAUAGCGCACCCAAACUGCGAGGACACCACUUCAUCCGAAGCAAACCCAUUGGAGUGUACAAUCACCUGCGAGGCUGUGACUGCACUUUCUCUGAAGCAGACAAGAACCCAACGAAAUAUUUUAUUUAUUUAUUUAUUAGCUACGAAAGGGAAUGCCAUCUAUAAAUAUGAAACUGGAGAUGGUGACCAUUAUCGCCUGCGAGGUAGAUACCGACGUGUUUACGUCCGACAAAAUGCAGGAGCGGUUUGAGGCCUUAUUCAGGAUCUAUGACGAGCAGACGUCCUUCCAGAUGUUCAAGAGCUUCAGGCGAGUCCGCAUCAGCUUCAGCACUCCGGAGGCGGCCGCCCGCGCUCGUGUCGAGCUCCACGAGACCGAGUUCAACGGGAAGCAGCUCGAGCUUUACUUUGCCCAGGUUCAGAACUCUGGGGAGGACAUAGACAAGUCGUACCUGGCCCCUCCCGCGCCCGUCAAACAGUUCCUCAUCUCGCCCCCCGCCUCGCCGGGCGUGGGCUGGAGCCAGAGCGAAGACGCAACGCCUGUCAUCAACUACGACCUGCUGUGUGCUGUGGCCAAGCUAGGCCCAGGGGAGAAUUAUGAGCUGCACGCGGGCACGGAGUCGACCCCCAGUGUGGUCGUGCAGGUGUGCGACAGCGAUGCCGAAGACGACAACAACGCCGAAGCUCGCCCCAAGCAGAAACAGCAGAUUGUCCAAACCCGGCGCCCGGACGGACCACCGCAAGUCCUCAACUAGGACCCUCCACUUCGGACCCCACUCCUACGACCCCCCCAAAACACCCACCUAGACCUGUCUUCUCUGUCUCUGCACUCGCAGAGACACAACGAGACAACGCCCCUCAUUUCAAUUCAACCAAAAACAAACAAACGACAAACAUUUGGUGGUGUUUGUGGACGGAGCGUGGCUAUUGGAUGGAAUGAGGCGGCCUGGCCUGUAUGGAUGAUGGAGGAUGGAUGAGAUUCACACGCACACUCAUCACACUCAAAGGAAAGAGAGAGAGGGAUAACGGAACCCUUGACCCUUACUGAGCCAGGGGCGGUAAUGUAACACCGUGUCCCCCCUAAAGCAGGCACACUGUCAUAGAAUCAUACACUCAGCUCUCAUAUGUGCUAGUACUGUAGUAGUUCCGCUAGUCUGACCUCUCCUUCUUCUUUCCUUCAUUUCCGUCAUCGGUUAGUUGUGUGCAAUGGACUUCGGGGACAUGCAAUACCUCCGAAGAGAGAUUUUGGUUGUUUACAUCGGUUCUUCUUCUGCUCUUUUAUCAUAUCAGCCGAUUGGUUGUUUCUGCUAUCACAGGAAUCAGGAGUGAUUGCCUGGUAUUCCUCUCGUCUGCAUGUGUAUAUAUGAGUUCUUAUGAGAAAAAUACUUACUACAGAGACUCAAACACUAAACUACUGUACGAAGCAAAGGAACCUAUCGAGGUCACACACGACAUAACAAAAGGUCGCCAUGUGGUAACAACAAAGUUGCGGUGGUGUUUGCACUUUCUUUUUUUGGUUCUGCUUCUGUCCUUCUUUUCUUUUUUUUUUAAAUCAGAGAUGUGUAUGUUGGUUUUUGCUGAACUAGAUGUGUGUUCUUCCUCUUUAACAUGUAUUUGAUACCACAAACGAUCGUUUUUUUUUUGCAUGCUUACUUACUAUAGUCGGCAGCUGAGGCGUUUUAUACUGGUCCAGACGACAGGGAAAUGGAAUGACGCUUUUGACGACACGCAUAUCUAUAAUUUUAUAGUGUCGAGUGAGAGGGGAGAGGCUGACUGAGCAAGAUGUAAGACUGAGAGUGAAACGAAACCUUUACAGUGUGAGUAAAGGCCAAAGAGUAGGUCUCUCUCUUAAAGCCUAAUAGUUGGGCUUUAGGAUAGGAGUAAAAGCUAGCGUUAAUCUUCAAGAGUGUUGAUGUUUUUUCAGGGGGCAUUUUUAUGAUUCCCAUCUUUCUGGUAAUGGUUUUUGGUUCUUGUUAUGAUAUCAACCCAGUUUAUAUAUAUAUAUAUAUAUAUAUAUAUAUAUAUAUAUAUAUAUAUAUAAACUGGGUUGAUAUAUAUAUAUAAUAUAUGUCUGUUUUUCUUCUUCUGAGACCUAUAUUGCUCGUUUUGCACUGAAAAUCUCGAGAUCUCUGGAGCUACACUGAAGGAAUGUCCUGAAUUUCCUCUGUCAGCUCUUGAGAGUUUUAAGGCCGCUUCUUCGUUCUCGCUGUAAAUAGCUGAAUAGUCAGUAGGUUGAAAUAGUCCAUUAGGUUUUAAUGAUUGACAUUAAGCGUUGCUGAGAAAGUGAAAAUGGUUAAUUGGCCUCCUUGCCUCUGGAGAUAUCAACCAACGCCUUCGUCUCACCUUGCAGUCACAACACAAAUCAUUGGAAACUCAAGAAACUUAAGAGAAAGCAUUGAUUUGAUUCACUCCAAUUUGGAAUACUGCUGCAUUCACAGUUGUUACUUUCCUCCUCCAAAAAAAAACUAUUACCAACUCCUAAAUAAAUAAAGUGUGCUUUUAGCCAUUUAGCCUAUUAUUUUCAGAGUAACUAUUUCCAGAAUGUUUGAUUUUUCUCCCCACUAUGCACCUUGAAUAAAAGAAUAUGUGAUGCCAAGUGUCUGUCAUUACAAUGAUUUCAUGCCAUAAAAAGUCCUUAUGUUUUUGUUUUGUCACAGAAACAUAUUCCAUAUAGUGAGACUGUCGAAUACAGACUAUUCCAUGUCGAGUCCUUGAUUUUAUUCCCAUCCUGAAAAGGUGUUUUGAAUCUAGUCAGGUUUUUUUUCUUCUAAAUUAAAGCCCAACCAUUGAGGUGGAGUGUUCAAUAAAGUACAUUUGGCCUCAGUGAUGAACGUAAACCUUAUCCGUGUUAGAAAGCAUUAAAAAUGCAUUAUGGUCUCUGCAUGCGAGCACUUUUUCUGCAUUUUCUUUUUAUCCUUGUAAGAUGCAGUCUUGCUAGAGAGAACGCUCCUCAUCGACAUUCUUUUUGUGUGUUAUUUUUUUAUCUUCUGUUUUUCAAGAUGAACACCUGGGAAGCCUUCUCACCAACAGAGCAGUGUGAGUCCCGACUCUCAAAUGAUCUGAAUUCCACCUCUCGCUAAUGGGGUUUUGAAGGCUCGGGAGUCCUUUGGAUAUAAGUGUACCACUGAAUAGGUGUGGAAGGAAGAACAGGGGAACUUGUCUUUUGACAGGAUAGAUGGUUGCAACCACAGAACGAAUGUGUGUUUUUGUUUCAGGGCUUGUCUUCUGGAACAUACUUCCAUGUGCAAAGCGUUGUCCUUUCAGAGGUGACUUCUAAAAACGAAGCCGGCAGCAAGUGUUGAAACGCACCAUAAUGGCAUAAGCAGUUUUUAGUUGUGCUGACUGGUGAAAAUAUUGAUGAUUGAUGACAAUGACGAUGAUUAUGUUGAUGAUGCUUAUCUGAUGUUUUUUACAGUCUUUGAAACUGGGUGCAUUUUUGGUCACUGUUGAAAAGAGAAAACGUAUAUUUAUGUAUAUAUGCCAAGUGUUUUUGUUGCCGAGACCAAUUCCAGCGUGCAUCAACAAAGAUUGUGGCUUCUACUUUUAUGUUGAUGUGAAGAUUUUAAAAAAAGUCCUGAAAUGCUCGAUCAAAUCAAUUCUCAUUGCGUCGUGUUGAAAAUUGACUCUGUUUGAAUGUUUUUUUUGGAAAGUCUACAAUACAAAAAGGUCAAUACCGUCCGUUAUUGUUGUAUACUGUUCUGUUGAAAUCUGAAUAUUGUGUAUUGUACUGUAGUUAUCCAAAAAAACAAAGUAGCAAUCAAGCAAUAAUUUACAGUUAUAUACUGGUAUCUGUAUUUCAUGUUAUGUACUAAUUUCCAGAGUGGUUUUCUCUGACUGUUACAACAGUACUUGCUUAUUUGUGUAGUAUGAUUGUCAUUUGUUUCACAUAGAGAAAUAUAUAAAGAACUAUUCUUAAAGAA